GCAGAAAGUUUCAUUGGAGUGAGCGCGUGAGCUGAGGAGUUGACGGCUCCUAAAAACACCUCGAGCUCUGCUGCUCGCGCUGUAAUGUUACACUGACUGGGAAUAAAAACAAGUGCGUCUCCACUAUGGUUACUAGCGAGACUGUCACUUUAUUUACAGACAUGGGCAGAAGACUCGUUUAGGUUUGUCCUUCGUCACUACCGAUAUCUUUAACGCCCUGUUUGGGAUUUAUUUAGCAUAUUUGGAGACUUGUAGCGAUUGUCUCGAUGGAAGAAGAAGAGCCGCUACUGACUGGCAGCAUUAACCGGGACUCAGGUGAUUAUGGAUCUCAUGAUAAAGGUGAACAUUAUCAAAAUGAAGAAUCACCAGGAUCAAGACGACUCUAUUCAGUGACUGACGAUUCUUACCCUGUGUGCGAGGAUGCAGACCUCUAUAUCCAGCAGGCAGUUGUAUUUAUUGAAGAUGCAAUUCAGUAUCGAUCCAUCAAUCACAGGGUUGAUUCUGGGUCCUUACGGUUAUAUAGAUGGUAUUAUUCCAAAAUUUGCCAGUGGGGUCUGGGGUUCACUAUUGCUGUUGUACUGGGACUGGCUUUCAUUGAGACACCCUCCUCUCUGACCUACACCUCGGACAUUCGUUUCAAACCCAAGCCUUGGGAGCCACCCUGUGGACUGACGGAGGGGAUUGAGAUAGUCUGCCUUUGUAUCUUCAUCCUAGAUGUCACUGUGAAGGUAGAAAUCCAGAAAUAUUCAGUUGACUAUUGGGUUAGCAUUAAACAGAGUUAUCUGAUAGGAUGGGAGGAGUUUCGUAUGAACAAGUGGCUGAUUGGUUAUAUAGUAGUGAUUGCAGCAUCAGUUAUUGAUUGGAUGUUGAGUAUUAGCAUGAUGUGCAGUGAGAGUUUAAGAGUCAGGAGACUAAUUCGCCCAUUUUUCCUCUUGCAAAACUCUUCCCUUAUGAAGAAAACUCUAAAAUGUAUCAAAAGGACUCUUCCUGAAAUAGCAAGUGUUAUUCUGCUUCUGGCGUUACACAUCUGCUUAUUCACCAUGAUAGGAAUGCUGAUCUUUGCCAAAUCAGAUGACCCUAAGAAGAAUGGAGAAUGGGAAACCUACUUCAAAAACCUGCCAAAGGCCCUGUCUUCUCUGCUAGUGCUGCUAACGACAGCCAAUAACCCUGACGUCAUGAUUCCAGCAUACUCUCUGAACCGUGGCUAUUCUAUAUAUUUUAUUCUCUUUAGUGUGUUUGGGACGUAUUUGUUAAUGAAUCUAAUGACGGCUAUUAUUUAUAACCAGUUCAGGGGAUAUUUACUGAUGUCAGUUCAGACGUCUAUAAUCAGGAGGCGUCUGGGUAUUCGGGCUGCUUUCGAGGUGCUGUGCUGUCCAGGCCGAGGGCACACCAGCACUCAGUCUGAAGGCCAUGUGGAGCGAGUGGCGGUGAACAUGUUUCUGCAGGUCAUGGAUAGAGUCCACAUGAAGUCUUACUGCAGGCAGGCUAUCAUUAAGUUCUAG